CCGAACAUCGUUGCCGGACGCGUUCGAAAGUCCAGCCCGGAACAGAUGGCUUUCCAGUGAGACGGUACAUACUUCGAAUUCCUAAUACAUAUCACUAAAAAGGUCAUUUAAUUCGGAAGCUGAAAAAAAAUCAGUGUCGUGUUCGAAAACUGAAUGCGUGUUGUAUCCUCAAGUUCAAAUGACAAGUGAGCGGUGAAGGAAUUUGGUGAAACGAAAGUGAAUUAUUGGAUAGUGGUUAUUGAUUGGGCGUAGUGUUGGCGGUGUCGAAAACUUGUUUUGGAUGCAACGUUACUAUUCCACAAUGGCUCCGAGAAUACUUACGAGAGCGCGCGCGCGCACCGCAUCAUGGGCCAAGAGCAGUCGUACGUGUCCCACGCCAGCGUGACGUCACGGCGUUACAAGGACCACAAGUACGAGGACCCCAUCCAGUUCCGGGGCCCCCUCGACUACCAAGACGACAAGGACUAUAAGAGGCACAAGGUCCGUCGCAGCGGCGACAGCUUCAAGAGCGACCACACCGAGAGCAGCGGCUACCGCAGCAGUUCCAGCACAUACGAAUGCCGCUCAGACCGCUCCUCCAAGAGCGAGUACUACUGCACCUCGCUAUACAAGAACGAUCACUACAAAGACGUCAACAAAGAGAUCUAUAAGCCUGUCAAAAUAACAAAAGAACAACGCUACAAGCUGCAGCUCUACGACGACAACGACGACAUCAAGAGCGAGCGGUUGAAGAGCUACCUUAGCGACGCUGAACAGGCGCAAAAGGCGCAGAAGACGCAGACCCCAAAGAAGGCAGGGAUUAGGAACUACACGCCUAAGAUCCUGUCAGAAGAGGAGCAAAGGAAGAAGAUAGAGAAUUGGAUAUAA